AAUCUGGGACGAUGACUUCCUUCCUUCCAGACGGGAGUGCGUGGACCGAAUGACAGAGCAGCCCACUGCAGUGUGGGAGUGUUCUCUCCAGUUCUGCCUGUUUGUGCCAACUGGUGGACGACCCUCCGACGAGACUGGACGGCAUGUGUUCCAGAAACGAUCACCGAACCGACAAUCAGUGCGACACCCACCAACAAUCGACCGGCAAGCACUUCAAUUGUCAGAUUCAGCCAGAAGCCCGUCCGAUGACCGAUCCCAUUUUCUGGUCAGGUCAACGGCCUUGCGUUGCCUUGCCUUGCCCGGCGUCACUCCAGCAGAGGCUCCAGACCACCUACAUGCCCGAGUGUCCCAGGAGAGUGGUAUGCGUCCGAUGCACUUUGAGACUGGCAGACGAUGCCGGAUCAGCAAUCCAAAUCGUGACGGACAUGGCAGCCAGUCGACCAUUCCCAAACCACGGCGUACCCGUUCCAAAAACGGACCUGUUAUCUUCAAGUUGACCCCCCACACAGCCUCGUACGCCAUCAUCGCAGCUGGACUCCAUCGAAGGCGGACACCAAGGCUGCGGUUGGCGACCCAGUGUGGUACUCAGGGACUGUCUUACAGCGGUGCUGUGAAUAUAUCUCUCGCCAAAUUAUGCCCAUUGGCCAGUCUCUCAUACCGCAGGACAUUUGGCCAUGCAGACUGGUGGCGUGCUACCCGGCAAUAGGAGGGUUGCAAUAUGAGACACCGACAACGAUCCCGGUCAAGUGUAACAAAGAAGAAGCAAAGCCAUGUUCAUCAUCCAGUUACUAGUGUGCGUAGCUAUGCCGUCCAGGACGCACGCGGAUAUUGGAUGAACAAGGUCUGGGCUGGGCGGGACAUGAACCUUCAACCUUGCACACACAUAUCGUCCCCCCUCCCUUCUCGUUACCCGUCCUUUAUAAUACCCCAGAUCUCCCUCCUUCCUGACGCGUUGCGCCUGCAGUCAGUCUUUUGUCGCACUACUGAUGCUACUCUGACUACCGUCUCCCGCUUCCA